AUGGAUUCUGAUGCAAGUUCCACAUGCAGUCGGUCUUCUUCACCCGAGCUGGCUGUGGACUCCAGCUUUUUCUCCAACAAAGUGUUUCAAGCUUACUGCACAGAUAGAGAAACGGGGCAGCCCAGGUCUGAAAAACCAUCACAGAACACCGGAUCCGACAGAAAGAGCCGCGCACGGGCCGAUCUCUGCAAAGACGACAUGCAAGAUCUACGACUCAAAGUGAACGGCCGUGAGCGCAAACGCAUGCAUGACCUCAACCAGGCCAUGGAUGGGCUUCGAGAGGUGAUGCCCUAUGCACAGGGCCCAUCCGUACGCAAGCUGUCCAAAAUCUCCACCCUGGUUCUCGCCAGAAACUACAUCCUGAUGCUGUCCAGCUCUCUGGAGGAGAUGAAGAAGCUAGUAGGUGAUGUUUAUGGAACCAGUGGUCAGAGUCACUCGGCUAGACGGGUUCUACCCCCAACUUCGGCUGCUCCAGCAUCCCAGUUACAGCUGCUUUCACUUGGUCCGUCUCUGCACUCUCUGGUGGGCAGCACUUCCCAGCACACCAUCAUGCCGACAUUGGGCCAAGCCCCUCAUUCUCCACCCUUGGCUGGGUAUCUGGGUUUCCCUGCUCCACCUCUUCCCACCCUGUUGAAAGACCCUCUGCAUCUCUCCAGCGGCUACAGGCAUUUUCCUGGCAUGCCUUGCCCCUGCUCCCUUUGCCAGCCUCUCCCUGCUUCCACAGCCAGCCUGCACAGCCUCUCCAUGGGGAAGUGA